AUGUCGACAGGAAGCUUCUCCGCGCCCUCGCAGGUUCACACCUUCGAUGGGCUUUUAUCUGACUUUGACGGCACAAUUGUUGACUCUACCGAAGCAAUCGUGAAGCAUUGGCACCUAAUUGGUGAAGAGCUCGGUGUCGACCCCAAAACAAUCCUAGCCACAUCCCAUGGCCGCAGAAGCAUCGACACAAUGCAACUAUACGACAAAACCAAGGCCAACUGGGAAUACGUAAACUACAUUGAAGGCCGCAUCCCGCAACAAUUUGGCUCUGACGCCGUCGAGAUCCCAGGGGGCCGGGCUCUCCUCGCCGCUCUCGAAAACGCCGGCGCCCGCUGGGGCGUCGUAACAUCCGGCACCUCAGCCCUCAUCGAUGGCUGGCUGGGCGUGCUGAAGCUCGCACGGCCAAGCGUGCUCGUUGUAGCGGAGGAUGUCGACAACGGCAAGCCUGAUCCCAGCUGCUAUCUCCUGGGCCGCAAGAAGCUUGGUCUCGAAGACUCGACUUCGAUUGUUGUGCUGGAGGACGCGCCGUCGGGAAUCAAGGCAGGCAAGGCUGCUGGGUUCAAGGUGAUUGCGCUGAAAACGACUCACUCACUGGAGAAGCUCCAGGAGGCGGGAGCAGACUGGAUUGUAGAGGAUCUGCGCAGCGUCUCGGUGAAGGAGGUUGUGGAUGGGCGGGUUCAGAUUGAGAUCAAGAAUGCGUACCAAUGA